GGUCAAGGUUUUGUAUAACCCCAAACAAGCUCUAGAUUGUUCCAGAAUCAUCCACCACAUUCCCCCAAUUGAUAACAGUAACAUCAACACCAUCUCCCUCUCUCUAUAUAUUGUAUAAACAAACUUCACAACACCACCAAUUUAAAUUGCUAUAUAAAUUAAAUUCGAAUUAAAGUACAAUAUAAUCAGGAUUUAUAAUGGCUAAAGAAGGACCUAAUUGGGAUGGUUUGCUCAAGUGGAGUCUUGCUAAUUCUGAUGGAACAAAACCCACUCGUAAUCUCAGUGAGGAGGAUAGAAAAUGGUUCAUGGAGGCAAUGCAAGCUCAAACCAUAGAUGUUGUGAAAAGAAUGAAGGAGAUAACUCUUGUUAUGCAAACACCAGAAGAAGUCCUGCAGGAGCAUGGAGUGACCCCCACUGAUAUCGAAGAUAUGUUAGAUGAGUUGCAAGAGCAUGUUGAGGCAAUUGACAUGGCCAAUGAUCUUCACUCGAUUGGUGGUUUGGGCCCAUUGCUCAAUUAUCUAAGGAACUCUCAUGCUGCUAUUCGAGCAAAAGCUGCUGAUGUAGUGUCUACCAUUGUUCAGAAUAAUCCGAAGAGCCAGCAAUUGGUCAUGGAAGCCAAUGGAUUAGAACCUCUUCUCUCUAAUUUCAGUUCAGAUCCUGAUAUUACUGUUCGUACACAAGCACUUGGGGCCAUUUCAUCCUUAAUCCGAAACAACAGACCUGGAGUUGCAGCAUUUCGCCUUGCAAAUGGUUAUGCAUCUCUCAGAGAUGCAUUGAGUUCUGACAGUGUCAGAUUUCAGAGGAAAGCCCUCAGCUUGAUUCAAUAUCUUAUGCAAGAGAACUAUGCUGACUCCAAUGUAAUUACUGAGUUGGGAUUUCCUCGUACUAUGAUGCACCUGGCCUCCAGCGAAGAUGCUCAAGUACGAGAAGCCGCACUUAGUGGCCUCCUGGAGCUUGCCAAACACAAGACUGAUGAAAGUGGUAGUAGUAUGAGUGAUGAUGAUACUAAACUUAAGCAGAUUUUACAAGAUCGCAUCAAAAGUAUUAGCUUGAUGUCACCUGAAGAUCUUGGUGCUGCAAAAGAAGAGAGGCAACUUGUGGACUCCCUUUGGAGUGCUUAUUUUAAUGAGCCAUCAUCUCUUCGGCAGAAGGGGCUUCUUGUCCUCCCUGGAGAAGAUGCACAAGCGCCAGAUGUUGCCAGCAAACAUUUUGAACCGGCUCUUCGAGCUUGGGCUGCUAAUUCACUAGCUGGUGUUACUGGUUCUAGUUCUGAAAAGAAAGAGGCUCCGUUGUUAUUGGGUCUGGGUCCUCCGUCUGGAAAUUAAUGUAUGCAGUAGCUCACACUUGUGUACUAAAAUGAUAUCCAUUCGAGUUUGUGUUUGGUCAAUUUUAUGUGCUACUCUAUUUCAUCUUCAGAAAUCCCCUCUUAUGUUUUGCUAGUGAAAUUACUAAUUAAAUCAGAUUUAUUAUGGUUUAUAA